UAUGUGCCAUCCAAAGGCAUCCAAAACCGUAUUGAACAGCUAUGAACACAUCGUAUAGUUCAUGAACUAUGAGGAGGUAUGAAGUGAUGACCUCAGUCCUAUAAUCUGUUCUCCAGUCAGUGGAGAGAUAAUACAUAAGCCUCAGCAUUUCAAUUCCGACACGCACCACAUUGAUUGACCGUGCAGUGUCAGAUAAAGAGGUCCUCGUGACUCCACAGUCAAAGUAAUUGCUACGUGUAGUCAUAGCAACAGGUGCUUGCGUCUUGCCUCUUUCCACAUUGAGAGACAUCCUCAGCGUCAGUGCGACUAUGCGCGUGUGCAUAUGAAAAGGCUUGCACUCUGCGCGCAGCAAUGACUCGUCCUCCGUACAAGUUUCCACCGAUUGGUGUUCAACAGGUCGGUCGCGAGGAGAGAGAUGCGCGGAACGCCCGAGCAAGCUCGCACAGCUGGCCGUGCGCUGCAGGGACUGCCUGUGCGUUUCUGUAAUAUAUUAUCGGUAGUGGCUAGUCUGGAUACAGUAUUUGGACAGCUCUUGACUCCAUCAUCUAACAGCUGAAGAUAGCAGAUAGAAUGCAUUCCAAGUCCAGAGGUAAGCUCAGGUGGGGAAGAUCUGCUUGCCUCCUGACUGCUCUCCUGAUGUGUUGCGUCUACCAGCUCUCCAGGCAACAGGGAGCAGGCACAGCUGACAGUGAGGAUGAUGAUGAGCACCGCUUUCUCUCCCGGGAGUUGCGUCGAUCCAAACCCAGGAGGACGGACGCCCCACCGAUCCACACGCCCUCUCCUCCGCCCCACAACUGGACCAGGCACCUCACCAGGCAGUGUAUCUACAUCGAGCCGCUGCCCCGGCCACCCACCACCUACAUCCCCCUCGUGACCCCUGAACCCACCCCCACACCUGCCGCCCCUCCAGGUGAUGCUCCCCGCAUGAAGGGGGACUACCCAAAGGACCUGUUCACGGUGGAGGAGCGGAAGAAGGGCUGGGUCAUCCUCCACCUGAUGGGCAUGAUCUACAUGUUUGUGGCUCUGGCCAUGGUGUGUGAUGAAUUCUUCGUGCCGACACUGGGGGUCAUCUCGGAGCAGCUGGCCAUCUCGGACGACGUGGCGGGGGCUACCUUCAUGGCGGCGGGCGGCUCUGCGCCCGAGCUCUUCACCUCUCUCAUCGGCGUCUUCGUCUCCCACAGCAACGUGGGCGUGGGCACCAUCGUGGGCUCGGCGGUCUUCAACAUCCUCUUCGUGAUCGGCAUGUGCGCGCUGACCUCACGCUCGCUGCUGCACCUCACCUGGUGGCCGCUGUUCCGCGACGUCUCCUUCUAUGUGCUGAGCCUGCUGCUGCUCAUCCUCUUCUUCCUGGACAGCGCCAUCCGCUGGUGGGAGAGUGCCGUGCUGCUGGCGGCCUACGUGGCUUACGUGACGUUCAUGAAGCACAACGAGCAGCUGGAGACCAUGUUCAAGGAGCAGCUCCGGAAGCACCAGAGCAUCGUCAGUACCAUGGGGAUGGCAGAGAGUGAGAAGGACUGUGAAUCUCCUCCGCCUGAAGACAGCAAAGCUCCAGAGCCGUGUCGUAGAGACAGUGGUAUGCUGAAGGUAAAGCCUCCUUUGCAGCGUGGUGGAAGUUUGGCAUCGCUUCAUAACAGCACGAUGAGAAACACCAUUUAUCAUUUAAUGAUUAAUACCCUAAACCCCCUGGAAGGGUCCAAGCAGAGCCAGCCCCCAUCGGUCUCAGUGCAGGUGACACCCCCUCCUGAACCCUCCACCUCUCAGCCUGCCAAGCAAGAGGAGAAGAGAGAGGGCAUGGAGAAGGAGAAGGAGGCUGAGGAUGACGAGAGUAGUGAUGAAGAUGACAGCGAUGAUGACGAUGACAGUGACGACUGUGAUGACUGCAGUGAUGACAGCAGCAGCAGCAGCAGCAGUGACUGCUGUGACACCAGCGAGGAUGAGGAGGGUGAUGAAGAUAAGGAGGAGAAGGAUGAGCCGCUGUCAUUAAAGUGGCCCGACACACAGAACAAACAGGCCACCUUCCUCUUCCUCCUGCCCAUCCUCUUCCCCCUCUGGCUCACCAUACCUGACGUACGACGACCAGAAUCCAAGAAGUAUUUUGUGGGUACAUUCCUGGCCUCUAUCGUAUGGAUAGGCGUGUUUUCUUACCUCAUGGUGUGGUGGGCCCAUCAGGUGGGUGAGACCAUUGGCAUCUCAGAGGAGAUCAUGGGUCUGACCAUCCUGGCUGCGGGCACCUCCAUCCCUGACCUCAUCACCAGUGUCAUAGUGGCCCGUAAGGGGCUGGGAGACAUGGCUGUGUCCAGCUCAGUGGGCUCCAACAUCUUUGACAUCACUGUUGGGUUGCCGGUGCCGUGGCUGCUGUUCUCCCUGUGGCAUGGUGGCAGUGCGGUGCCGGUCAGCAGCAACGGACUCUUUUGCUCCAUCGUGCUCCUCUUCCUCAUGCUGCUCUUGGUCAUCGUCUCCAUCAUGGCGUGCCGCUGGAGGAUGAGCCAGCAUCUGGGUCUUGCCAUGUUCGUGCUCUACUUCCUCUUCCUGCUGCUCAGCGUGCUGUUGGAGAAACGCAUCCUGCGCUGCCCUAUCUCAGUGUGAUAUCAUUGGGGAGUGGGGAGCUACCUGAUUUGGUGUCUGGCCACAAACUGUGUGCUGCCACAGGAAAUAGCAAUUAAUAGGAGAUUCUUACUUGCCACUGGGUUCCAUCCUAGGACAGGAAAUGGCAUGUAGGGAUGCAUGGCUGCGAUUUGAUGAAAAGCCAGCUGUUGAUGAAAAGCCAUAAAGCUGAGAGCUGUGCUGUGACUCUAAAUGUCAGCUAAGUAAUGUGUGAUCGCUUCUGUUGCUUAUCAAAGCACAUGAACCCACUUAACAUCCUGUCCACUUCAUAUCCUUCAUCAGUGCUGGAUGGAGGAAUGGACCCACAGAAGGUAUUUGAAGCUUUCACACAAGGACUUAAAACACACAGACACACAAAGCACAUGGACGAAGCCAAUUCAAAGCUGUACACAUUAAGGAUUAAAAUGUCUUUCCAUCAUGUCAUCACCACAAUUGACAACAAAUGUAUAUGUACCAAUUGUGCAAUCAUGUGAACAGUUAAUGCUAUAUGAACUGAACGACUCAUAAUGCACUCCAUAGCCAUGUACCUACCUUAUCAUCCACCUGUACCAUAUUGGAGCAUUGAAGCUCUCAUUGGAUUUCCAGUUGUGCAGUGGCGUCCAUAGACCUCAAUGGUGACCAUUAACCAAAACUAGCAGAUCAGAAGUUCUGUCAGAUUACGAAAUAAUAUGAUAUGGGCAGGGCGUAACAAGGUGGAUGUAUGUACAUUUAUUAGCAUACAGGGCUAUGGAAGAACCCGUUAACUCUUCUGAAUAACUGCAAGAUCAAUGUGUGAGAUUGUAUCCAUUAUCAAGUCCACCAUAUGAGUGCCUUCCAUCACAUUGUGCUUCUGUAACACUCACUCAUAGAUUAUCAAACUAGUUUAUUUUUCAGUCAGUAAAUGUAAGGUUGAGGAGUUUUUACGAAAUAGAUAUACUGUAUUUGUGUGGUGUUGUAGACCAUUCUGUUGACUGGUUCCAGAAAGGAGAGAUGAAAUUCAAAGUCUGUAUACCUUACACAUGGUGCGAAUACAGCACCUAGCAAAGGAAAU